AAUGCACCAGAAUCUGAUGAUUCUGCUGCUACAGCACCUGUGGAAGAAGGGCCUAAGACUACAGAUUCUCCUACUGAUUCAUUAUCUUCAUCAGAUAUUUUUGAUACCCUUGACAUUUUCCCAGAUCUCACAGAUGGUCAGCAGCAAUGUCUACAAGAUAUGAUUAUUAGAAAUCAGAGUGCUUUCAGUCUGGAUGGCAAGUUAGGCACUCAUAAAACUCAGAUGGAAAUUAAACUCAAGACUGAAGCUUGA